AUGGUCCGGAUGCUUUUUGCAGCUGCUGCGGCGACAAACCCAAAAAAGUCCGGCUGUUGGAGAUGUGGCGAGAUUGGUCAUCACUCGUCGGUUUGUCCAAAUUCUCCCCUGAAGAACCGAUCCAAAGCUCGAGCAAACAAUAUUGAGGCACGAGCCGGCGCCACAUCAGUGGUCCCACUCGGAGGUGGAGGCCCUAGCGAUGAAGAAGAUGAAGAGGACGGCUUCGAUCCAGAAAUCGACGUCGUGUGGGGAUAA